CCACGCGGAAAAAAUCCAAGUCAACGGAGAAAUCGAAGAGAAAGAAAGGGUUUUGGAUGGAUUGACCAAGAAAACUGAAAAUCCUUGUAAUUGCAGAAACAAUCAUUGAUAUCAAAGCUGAGAGGAGAGGUUUGAUUCAAGACACAGAUAAACAACAUCAACAAAAUGGAUUCAAACCAGUUUGUUUCAAUCUUUUCUUUCCUUUUACUCUUUCAUCAUUCACAAGCUCGAACUCUGCCCUCUCCGUCCCCCUCUCCACUGUUUUCUCCGUCACCUGCGCCUGAGCCUAGCAACAACGGGUGUUGGCUUCAGCCAAAUAGUUGUCAUAACAUAAGCUUAACGGCGUGCGUCGAUCCUUCAUCAACCAGUUCAGAGGAAGUAAUAUUACUUGUGAAGAAUGAAGGUGAGAGAUCCCUAACAGUGAAUGUUAGUAUGUUAAAUGGCAAGGCCAUGGCCAAACAUGUAGACAACACGCAAAUACCACCUCACCGUGUUAAAGAGAUUAAGAUUUCAACAGAUGUUGGUGGGAAUUCGUCCAUACAAAUAGAAGCUAAGAACAUGGGAUGUGUGAUUUACUUGGUGUCUGCAGCAUCGAGUGGCGGCAUCUUGGAUUACAUCCCUUUGCCCACACAUAUAAGCCCCAUCAAUGGAGCCUCCUUGCUGAUUCUAACCGGUCUGAUCAUCGGCAGUUGUUACGCCUGCUACAAGCACGGCAAAAGGGGCGACGGAACCCCGUACCAGCAGCUCGAAAUGGCGCAACCUACUUCCCCUAACAAUGUGGAAACGGCUCGAGGUUGGGAACAAGAUUGGGACGACGACUGGCGUCAAAUGGCCAAUGGCUCAUCACAAAAUGGCCUUUCUUCAAGGUCUACCAAGCGAGAUGAUUAGCCAUCUUACAUCAUUGUUACUUUCAAAAUAGAAAAA